GUAGCUGAAAAUAAUGAAAAUAAAUCCUUGCCUAUUCAACAUUUCAAACUUGAUACUUAAUGUUAUUAUUUGUUGUCUAAAUUCCUAUGUUUUAGUGUUUUACAUUUAAUUAAUUGGUUUGUUGUUUAAAAAAAGCAUUUUUGAGAUUCAAGGACUGUUGAAAUGUAAUAGCGUAUUAGUCGUCCUGUUGAGUAUCAGGAUUCUAAAUCGUAGUAUCACACUCAUACAUUAUCCUUAUGAACUUAAGAAUUUUGAGCAAAAUGGCGCGUAAUCUAUUCUGUGGUAUCGCUUUUACGGCACCGAUUGUGUAAUUUCGAUGUUAUCAAAACAAAACAAUCAACAAUAAUUUUUUUUAUAAUAUAAUAAUAAUAAUCUUUUUAACAGGAUAAUUAUAGAUUCUUAAUUUUAAUAUUUUAGACAGUUUUAUGAAAUUUAUAGUUACGGUUUUUAAAAGUAUUCCUAAUUUAACGAGUGAACAAAAUGAGUAAUCAAAGUUCAGCGGCUAAAGUCGGUGAGAUUUUCAGUGCUGCGGGUACUGCAUUCAGUAGAUUAGGCGAGUUGACAUUGACAUUGCAACCCACAAACGAUACUCCUACACCAAACAGCAAAUGGACUGAUGAUGAUAUAGAAAUGCUUCAAAGUGCUGUAAAGAAAUUCACAGAUGACUUGGCUAUUAUCUGCGACCAAAUCAAACAGCGGACAGUAUCACAAAUACAUACAACUCUCAAAAGAAAAUCUUAUGAGAAUCGAGCAAUCAAUCCUGCUACAUUGACAAGAACGCCAAUGUCCAUAACAUCACCAAUAUCAACAAAUAUACUUAGUACAAAAUGUAACUCUGCUGAUGUUACAUUAAACAUGUUAAAUGCACCUCAAGAACAUAAUUCUGGUUCAGAUGAUGUUCCUAGUGAAAAUAACCGACACAGCUUCAAUUGUGGUGUUGAUAUUGAAUAGCUAAGAUAAAAUUCUAAACAGAUUUACCUGACAUACCAAUAAUUAACUUAAAUUAAAAAGUUGUGUGAUCAAUUAUUGAUGGUUACUUAUUUAAUGGUCUCUUUUUUCUCCAUUUUAUAAAUAUUUAUAUAUUACUUCUUUUUUUCUUUCUUUAAUUUUAAUUUUUAUAUGUAUAUUUGUCAUUUUUAUUUCUGUUUAUUUCAAUGUACUAUGAUAUUCAUGACAAGAGAACAAAAUUAAAUAUUUGAUAAAUAAUUAUAUUGCAUUCCUAAAUUUGCAAUGAUAAGUAUUGAUUUUUAAUUAAUUGUUCUACCAAGCAAUACAUAUGAUAUUGACAUUCGAUUAAGUUUAAUUUUAGUCAAAUCCUAAAAAUAAAAUGUGUAUUACAUAUUUUUAAUUAAUAAAACUGUCUAAAAUAAAAUCAUUCUUAAUGUAUGUAGAUAUAAUAGAUAGUAAAAUGAUUGUUUAUAAUAUGAAUAGGUUUUGUAUGUAUAAUUAUAUAUAAUAAGUGAUUAGUGCAAUUUAGAACAGUAUUUAUUUACUUGGUAGUUGGUAGAUAGGUGUUUUAAUUACCAAUCAUAAAUUGUUACAAAUAUUAUAUAUUUGUUUUAAACUUUUUUUUCAUUAUUUACUAUGAAGUAAAAUAAAAUUUAUUAAACAUUAGGACAAAAUUUAAAUAUUUUGAAUACCACAGUCUAAACUCUAAAUAUUAUAUUAUCUAAAUACAUAUUUAUAUUUAUGAUUGUUUUUCAAUAAUAUUUUAUUAGCAGACAGCAGUUCUCAUAAGAUGUAAAUAUAGUUGUAUGUUCUAUAGAAAAAUAUAACUAAAAAUAGUAAUUUCUCACCUGUUGAGUAUGUAUGUCAUUGUCAAUUAUCAAUAUAUUCUGUGCUUUGGAUUAAAAUAAACUAUAAUA